AUGCCACUUAUAUACGGCGAGGGACAGAAGAAAGCGUUCAUUCGGCUGCGGAAGGAGAUCGAAGAGUCUUUGAAGGACCAACGGCCUGCUAAGCCACUGCCGUCCUCGACUGUCCCCUUCCGGCGGGACGACGACUUCAUCAGCCGCGACAGCCUCGACAAGGUACGCCAGAUCUGCGCUAAGCCAGCAGCUCGCGCGGCGCUCGUCGGACUUGGAGGCGUUGGGAAGUCCCAGAUUGCCAUCGAAUACGCCUACCAGGUGCGGGACAAGUUGCAGGACGGGUCGCCGACAACAUGGGUGUUCUGGGUGCACGCCGGCACGCAGGCGAGGUUCGAGGAGGGGUACCGGAGAAUCGCUGAGACAACAAGGAUGGACGGCUUGGACAACCCGAAAGUGGAUGUUCUGCGGCUCGUCCACAACUGGCUCUGCGACGAGUCGAACGGGCGAUGGGUGAUGAUUGUUGACAACGCUGACGAUUCGGCUGUCUUCUUCCCUCCACAUCACGGAACGCAAUCCGCUGGAGUUAGUAGUCCAGGUCAAGCAGCAGUGUCAGACUUCCUACCGCAAUCGCUAAACGGAUCAAUCCUCAUCACUUCUCGGAGCCGAGAUCUAGCUUAUGGACUGACGGGGAACCACGCUAGCAUUGUUGAGGUUAAUCCAAUGGACGAGAGCGAUGCGUUAACUCUUCUUCAGAAGAAGCUCAGCUGUAACGUAAACAAAGACGACGCCGUCGAAUUACUACACUCUCUAGACUAUAUGCCCCUCGCCAUUACGCAGGCGGCGGCUUACAUUAAGCAGAGAGCACCACGCAUAACCAUCUCGCGAUACCGAGACGAAGUCCGCAGGAGCGACCACGACCGAGCGCGUCUACUUAGCAAGGGCAUUCAAGACAAUCGCAGGGACGGCAGGGCAUCCAACUCUAUUAUCGCGACGUGGCAGAUCUCAUUUGAACAUAUCCGGAGAGAGAUGCCUACUGCCGCUCGACUACUCUCGCUAAUGAGUCUUUUCGACAGACAGGGGAUUCCGGAAUUGCUUCUCCAGGGUCGAUAUCAGCGAGACGAGGAUAGAAAAGCUGACUUUGAAGAGGACAUUCACACGUUAAUGAAUUACUCGUUAAUUGGGAUAAGCGUGGAUGGGCGCGAAUUUAAGAUGCAUCGGCUGGUGCAGUUCUCCACAAAGAAAUGGCUGGAACUGUAUAAUGAACUAGAGGAGUGGAAAGAGGUGUACGUAACGCUUAUGGACGACAACUACCCAGUAGGACGGCACGAGAACUGGACAGUGUGUCAAGCGCUGUUUCUGCACGCACGAGCAGUAGUAGCAUGUCGGCCAGCUGGUGGACGGGCGGUUAAGGCGUGGGCGUCGGUUCUGUUUAAGGCGGGGUGGUAUGCAAGCGAGAUGGGGAAGUAUAAAGAGGCAGAGGAGAUGUCCGGAAAUGCAUUAGAGGCACGGGAGGCUGCUUUAGGAGCGGAACAUCCCUCCACGCUAACGAGCUUGAGCAACCUAGCAUUGGUGCUGCAAGGUCAGGGGAAGUAUGAGCAGGCUGAAGACAUGAACCAACGAGCGCUGGAGGGGAAGGAGAAGGCGCUGGGGAAAGAGCAUCCCGACACGCUGACGAGCGUGAGCAACCUAGCGUUGGUGCUGCGAUACCAGGGGAAGUACGAGCAGGCUGAAGAUAUGAACCGACGAGCGCUGGAGGGGAGGGAGAAGGUGCUGGGGAAAGAGCAUCCCGACACGCUAACGAGCGUAAGCAACCUAGCGUCGGUGCUCCAAUUCCAGGGGAAGUACGAGCAGGCUGAAGACAUGAACCGACGAGCGUUGGAGGGGAGGGAGAAGGCGCUGGGGAAAGAGCAUCCCGACACGCUGACGAGCGUGAGCAACCUAGCGUCGGUGCUGCGAUCCCAGGGGAAGGAGAAGGCGCUGGGGAAAGAGCAUCCCGACACGCUGACAAGCGUGAACAACCUAGCGUUGGUGCUGCAAGACCAGGGGAAGUACGAGCAGGCUGAAGACAUGAACCGACGAGUGCUGGAGGGGAGGGAGAAGGUGCUGGGGAAAGAGCAUCCCGACACGCUGGCGAGCGUCUAUUGCCUUGCGUACUUACUACACCAGCAGCAGCAGUAUGAAGAUGCUUCACCUCUCUACCAGAGAGCCUGCGCUGGCUAUCAAGAGAAACUUGGACUAGAUCAUCCAACUACUCAAGCAUGUAUGAAGCAUUACUCUUCGCUCCAACAACUAUGGACGUUACAGGGUUUAGAAAGCAUGGGUAAUGUACCCAUAGAUGUAAGAGGUGACGGCACACACUCGCUAUCUACAUCCCAAGAUACAGCGCAAUCUAUUGCUCUAGAGCCCACAAAGAUUUCAAAACGACAUAGAAUAUUUCAAAAGCUGGGCUGGAGAUAA